AUGUCUGUUGGUUCAGUUCUUGUUACGGGUGGCACUGGCUACAUUGGCUCCUUCACCACCCUCGCUUUGCUCGAGGCUGGCUACAAGGUCGUCGUCACUGACAACCUGUACAACUCCUCCGUAGAAGCUCUGAAGCGGAUCGAGUUGAUCUGCGGCAAGAAAGCCGAGUUCGUUCAGCUGGAUGUCACCGAUGAGGCUGGCUUCGACAAGGUCUUCGAGGCCCACCCCGACAUUGACAGUGUCAUUCACUUUGCUGCUCUGAAGGCUGUUGGCGAGUCCGGCGAAAAGCCAUUGGACUACUACAUGGUCAACGUCUACGGCACUCUCUGCCUGCUUCGCUCCAUGGUCCGCCACAAUGUCACCAACAUUGUCUUCUCCAGCUCUGCCACCGUCUACGGUGAUGCCACCCGCUUCCCCAACAUGAUCCCCAUCCCCGAGGAGUGCCCUCUGGGCCCCACCAACCCCUACGGAAACACCAAGUUUGCCGUUGAGACCGCCAUCACCGACGUGAUCAACGCUCAGCGCAACAAUGCCACCAAGGCCGGCAAGGAGGAUGAGGCUAACAAGUGGAACGCUGCCCUCCUUCGCUACUUCAACCCCGCUGGUGCUCACCCCAGUGGCAUUAUGGGUGAGGACCCUCAGGGCGUCCCCUACAACCUGCUCCCUCUUCUUGCUCAGGUUGCUACCGGCAAGCGUGAGAAGCUGCUCGUUUUCGGUGACGACUACGCCUCUCACGACGGAACCGCUAUCCGUGACUACAUCCACAUUCUCGAUCUCGCCGACGGCCACCUCAAGGCCCUCAACUACCUGCGCGCCAACAACCCCGGCGUCCGCGCCUGGAACUUGGGUACCGGCAAGGGCAGCACCGUCUACGAGAUGAUCCGCGCCUUCUCCGCUGCCGUUGGCCGUGACCUUCCUUAUGAGGUUGCCCCCCGUCGCGCUGGUGACGUUCUCAACCUCACCUCCAACCCUACUCGCGCCAACAAGGAGCUUGGCUGGAAGGCCCAGCGUACCCUCGAGCAGGCCUGCGAGGACCUCUGGCGCUGGACCAAGAACAACCCCCAGGGCUACCGUCAACAGCCCCCUGCCGAGCUGCUGGAACAGCUCAAGAAGUAA